CAUUGUGUGAAACUGUCCCCAUUUUCAACUCUGCCUGUGUCAGACAUAGCAGGAACAGAACAGAGGGAACAGAAUUCUUGCAUACAACAAGGGCUUAAUGAAGGAUCAGGGGUGAACCUGUUUGCUACUGAAAGAACAUUUCCCUCCCAGUCUCUCUUGGACCUUCUCCUCACGCUCCUGUGGGCAUCGAUGCUGGUAAUUGCUCCUGUCUGUGGACAAUCUGCCACACUGAAGCCAAUGAUUUCCCUCGAGCCUCCAUGGACCACUCACUUCAAAGGGGAAGCAGUGUCCCUGAAAUGCGCUAGAUUUCACUCUGAUGUAACAGGGGAGAUCCAGUGGUACUUCAACAAGAAGCUACUUGAAAAAACCUCUAGCUACAUUAAGGCUGAAAAGUCUGGACAGUAUCAAUGUAGGAUCCAGGAUUCACCCCUCAGUAACCCUGUAUCCUUGUAUUUUUUAAGAGAUGAACUCAUUCUACAAGCUUCAUAUCCUGUGUUUGAAGGAGACUCGUUGGUUCUAAGAUGCCUGGAAAAAGAGAGAGCAAAACUUACUGAAGUGACAUUUUAUAAGAAUCAAAUGCCUCUUACUAGUUCUAAAAAAGGAUCCGAUCUCUCUAUCACAAAAGCAACUUUAAGUAACAGUGGCCAGUAUCACUGCAGUGCAAAGAGGUCAUCAUUUUGGUCAUUUGUGUUGAGCAAAAUAGAAGCAGAAACAGUAGCAGUCCGAGUCCAAGAGUUGUUUUCACUUCCCAUACUGAGAAGUACAACUUUGCAGCCCUCAGAGGGAACCCCCGUGAUUCUAAGCUGUGAGACCCAGCUUCCUCCAGAGAAAGCAAAUAUCCAGCUGCAUUUCUUCUUCUUUAGAGACAGUAGAAUCAUCUUGUCAGGCCAGAAGAGAGACUCAACACUCCAGCUCACCAAAGUCUGGAAGGAAGACUCCGGGUCUUAUUUCUGUGAGGCAAAAGCAGUGACAUCCAGGAUCUGGAAAAUGAGUCAUCCAGUUAGGAUCGAAGUGAGGAGAGUCCCUGUCUCUGGAAUCCAACUGGAGACCCAGCCCCCUGGAGGGCAAGUGACAGAAGGGCAAACGCUGGUCCUUCUCUGUUCAGUAGCUGGGGGCACAGGUGACAUCACAUUCUCUUGGCACAAGGAAGGCUCUGAAGCAAUCCUGAAGAAGAAAACUCAGAGGUCACUAGUGGCAGAGUUUGAAAUAUCGACCAUGAGAGAGAGUGAAGCUGGGAAAUAUUACUGUGCAGCUGACAACACUGACAAUCCGCUACGUAGUAGACCAGUGAGCAUCUCCAUGAAUAUUCCAGUCUCUCCUCCUCUCCUCACCUUCAGCGUCCCUGAGACACAGAUGUUUGUGGGGAAGGUUGUGGAGCUUCAAUGUGACUCCCAGAGAGGAUCGGCUCCAAUCCUAUAUCGGUUUUAUCAUGAGGGUAAAAUCAUGAAAAACAGCUCAGCCCCUUUUGGAGGUGCAGCAUCCUUCAACCUAUCCCUGACCGAACAACAUGCUGGGAGUUACUUCUGUGAGGCUGACAAUGGUGUAGGCGUGCAGUUCAGUAAGGUGCUGACGCUCUCAGUCAAAGUUCCAGUGUCCCGUCCUUUCCUUACCAUCAGGAAGGCCACCAUAGGGGACAUGGUAGAGCUUCGAUGUGAAGCUGAGACAGGCACAACACCGAUCCUCUAUAGGUUUUUUCACCAAGGUAUAAUCCUGGGGAGUGGUUGGGCCCACUUAGGAGAAGCUGCCUUUCUCAACCUGUCUCUGACAGCCGAGGAUUCUGGGAUCUACUCUUGUGACGCUGACAAUGGCAUUGGUCCCCAGCUCAGUGAAGGGGUGAAAUUCCCUGUCACAGUCCCUACAGGGAAACGAAGGGGCCUGCUUGCUGGAGGUGUCAGCUUGGGCCUGCUCGGAUUCCUGGGUCUCACUGGUGUAGCUCUUCUGUUGUACUUCAGGACCCGGAGGAGAUCAGGACAAAGUUUUGCUCUUGUACUCCCCAGGAGCCCCGCCAUCCCAGGAUCCCAAGAACGUUCCCAAGUGGAGCUAGAGCCAACAUAUUUCAAUGACCCAGGCCAGCAGUCCAGAAUACACAGCCCAGCAUUUGCAGACCUGGGACUUACAGUGAAUCCUGUCAUCAGGGAUGUGGUGUAUGCUGAGGUCCAGAAUUCGCAGCAAAAAAAAAGAAGAUACAGACAACCUCACAUCGAUGCUACCACCCACCCAGGAUUUCUCUGUUGUGUACUCUGAAGUGAAGGCAGAACAACCUCUGGAGGAGAGAGUCAGGAUGACUGAGGCUACAGAUGGGACACAGAAAGACGACAUAGACAACUAUGAGAAUGUCCAGCUUCAUUCCUGAGCCUGACAGUGUGUACUCCCUAGGGAAGCCAAGAGCUUCUCAUCACUCUGUACAGAUGUGGAAAUGGAAGGAAAGACAGUAGGGCAAGGAGACUCUUGGACUCCUGAAAAAUGAGGGCCCAAGUUAGAGUUUUUCCUCCCAGGUCUCUGCUGCCAUUUAGACAACACAGAGACAACACUGAGCUUCCUUCUCUCACUUUGAUGAAAUAAAUCUUCUCUCUCUCUC